AUGGUGAAUGUAUCGACAUUUGUAUUUACACUUUUCACCAUUUAUCAGUUCGUACUUUGUUACUGUUUUCCGUUAUCACUCGUCGUCUUUUUUUAUAUCAAAUUGUUGACCCGUUUACGGCAGCAUGCACGUCAGUUCAAGGACUCACAUAUCCCACUCAUUCGAAUAUCGCUAUACACAUUAGCAGUGGCCUGUUCUUAUUUCCUGUGCUGGACACCGUUCUGGCUAGCAACAGUGUAUGCGGUUUAUCUGGAAUAUGCUGGUGACAAGGGCGGUGUGGUGCCACCUAUUUUUGUUUACUCAAUGUACUUCAUACAUGCGUUGCCGUUCACUAAUUCGGCUGUCAAUUGGAUUUUAUAUGGUGCAGGUUUUUUCUCAUAUUCGAAAAUUUUCAUUUGA